AUCCUUAGUCACAGUGUCUUAAAUGUCAGCUGCCAGUAGCUGCCUUGCUCUUGUUCUGCGUAGAUCUGAGAGCCCAAUGGAGAAUUUUGAAGAAAACAAUCAAAGCAAAGAUAAAUUAUUAGAGCCUCCACCUUUGGGUGAUUCUUUCAUAGAAGAUGAGGAUGUAAAUUCUUCUAUCAAGCCACGUUUUUCUCCCCUACCAAGGCGGAGAAGUUCUGUGUCAUCAGAUGAAGGAGACCUGGAACCACCAACUACAGUUGCAAGAAAAGUGUCCUUUGCAGAUGCUUUUGGUUUUGAUCUUGUGUCUGUUAAAGAGUUUGAUACAUGGGAAGUGCCGAUUGUAUCACAACUCCUUAGCUAUGAGGUGGAAACAAACUACAUUGAGGAAUUCUAUUUAACAGCAAGCUUUACGCUGCCAUCAGCUGAUGACAUUAUAGGCAAAGUCCAAGCAAAAAAGGUAUUGUUGGAAUCAAUUGACAUGACACCAGGUACAAGUUCUAUGAAAGGAAUUAUUCGUGUUCUGAAUGUGUCUUAUGAAAAGCAAACGUAUGUGCGAAUGUCACUGGAUGACUGGCAAACUUAUUAUGAUCUGACAGCUGAGUAUAUUCCUUAUUCCUUCAAUGGUGAUACUGAUCAGUUUGCUUUCACAAUUACUUUGGUGCCUCCUUAUCAGAAAGAGGGUGCCUCAGUGCAGUUCUGCAUUUGCUAUGAAACACCUAUUGGUACCUUUUGGGAUAACAAUGAUGGGCAAAAUUACACACUCAUCUGCCAUAAGAAAGAAUGUGCUGUAGAAAAGGAUCAUCCAUCUGAAGAUCUUGCAGAAAAAUUAAAGAAAAGUUGUUUAAAGUCAACACCAAGUAAAGAAGAAGAUGACUUGGAUGAAUCUGAAGAAAAAUAUUCUAGAUCGAAAGAGAAAUACAUCCCUAGAAUAAUAUGUACACAUGAUGAAAAUACUGAAGAUAAUAACAGUGAAGAAGACAAUAAUUCUCAAGAAAAGGACAAGGAAGCAGAUGAUGAUUUAGAAUUGCUUCUGAAUCAGAACCUUAUGAAAGCCAGAAUUAUUUCUACUGAGGAUAAUAAAAACAGUAAAAUCCAGAUAAUUGAAGAAUUACCAGAUUUACCAAGAUUACCAGAUACAGUACAAACAAGCGAGUCAUUGGAAUGUCUUAAAGAAAGCAGCACAGGCACCUUUAAAAAAUUUAAUGACAAUAUCUCUGCAAUAGACUCAAAGAAAUUCAAUAGGAAUGAGGAGUGUCUUACAGUAAAGGAGUCCUCACAAACACUGGUAGCUGAAGACAUUAAAUCUAAAUUGUGCGCUGAGCAACAUUUGAAGGAAUCUGGCAUUUCUUUAAAAGAAUAUUUGCCUCAAAAUGGGGGACAGCAAACAAAACAUGAAGAUUUACAUUUACUUAAACAAAAAGAGGGACUGACAACAGACUUUCAAGAUGAUACAAGUGUCCUACAAGGUAAAGAAGCAGAAAAAUGGUCUCCCACCACCAACAUAAAUCGAAAGCCUUACGAUGAUAUAGAAACUACCCUUUCUCUUAAAACUGAAUCAGUUCAAUUGAUAGAAAAUCUGGAUGACAACGCAAACUCAAAUGACAGUCAUAAUAUAGCUGAUGCCUCUUAUUUUUCAAUAUACAAUGUAGAAAAAAUCAAGGAUGAAAACAAUCAGUUUCCUGAACUUGAAAAAACAGACAGAUGCUCGUUUGAUAAAUCUGAGUCUUCACAGUUAGAGCAAGGUUAUUCUACCAUUUCCUUAAAACAGAAAUAUACAGCUCCAGUGGUAAGUGAAGAUCCUGAUAAAAUAGAUGAGCAGAGUUUUUCAAGAUCACCAGAUGCUGAACAUGAACGACCAUCUCAUGAUGUUGACUGUGACUGUAAGAUAUUUAAAAACACAGUUUCUGUAGAAAAUCUUACCAUUUCAGAUCAUGCAGUUCCUAAUUUAGCUUUUUCUUGUAAUAUCUGUCUAGAUAAUCAAGGCCAAAUAAAGGGCAUAGAUGAAAAUACAAGUGAAGCCAACAGUGUAACAACUACAUUCUAUUCCCCAUGUGAUACCACUGAUUUCACAUCUAACCAAGGUUCUUUGGAAGCUCUAUUUGAAAACAAAAAUACUAAGGAAAUGAACCCACAUAUGAAUGACUCCCAAACUAUACAUUUACAGAAAUCUAGCCAAAGUUAUAUUUCCACUUUCAAUCAUAGCCCAAAUCCUAUCCAUUCUGAUUACCAGCAUGACAAAACAUAUUUUAUUUGUGAAGACAAAAGUGAAGAAUCCCAGAUUUUUGAACAACCCUUGAUUACAAGCAAAGCACCAAUGACUUCCCAGAAUCAAGAAGAUAUCAAAGGCAAUACUGCAGUUGUGGAUGCACCUGAUUUAGAACUCUAUAAGACAAACAGCAUUAAAAUAGAUUGGCCAUUACACACAACAGAUAGAGCACAAAGUACAGAAAAUCAACUUACUGUGGGAGAGAAAGUUAUAAUUGCAUUGGUAACUGAAGAGACAAGUGAAAGUGAAAUAAGUAUACCAGGAAGGGAUCACACAAAUGUGUCUUAUAUAGACGUAUGUAGUGGAGUAAGUAAAAAUACAUUAGACAAAGCAGAUAAUAAAAGUGGGAUGGAAUCAGAAUUAGAGAAGGUCAGUGAUAACUCAAAUGAAGGUGAUGGUGGUAGAAGCAAAGAAAUAAAAAGUGAAGAGAUUCAUUUUCCAUUAGAUGAUAAGAAAGAUCUUGCUAGCGUAGGAAGAGAUGGCGAUAAUGGACAGAUUCAGAGGACAAUAGCAUCUAAAAUGCCUGGUGCAGAUGCAAUUUAUAUGGGUGCUUAUAAUGUUUUUAAAGACCAAUUUAAAAGUCGGCUAGAUGAUUUCUCUAAUAACCUAGCCACAGUAGAUGAGAGUGAUUCCCAGGUUACAGAUUUCUCAGAUACCGAAUCCAGUAACAAUUUAUGUGUUGAAGUCUCAGGGAAUUUCUGUAAAGAAAGCGAUACAAGUAACAACAGUAUUAGCAGUGGUAGUACAACUGACAUGUCUGGAAUGCUCCAUGCACCAGAAAACACAGAACACAAUUCUUUAAGGCCGUCCAUAUUAAUAAGUGAACCAGAUGAUGAAUUAGAAGCCUGGUGCACCGAUGAUGAAGAAAAGAGUGAACCUGAAGUGAACUAUUAUAGUGAAAAAGAUCAAAAAGCACAAACUGGUGAUCAUGGAAAUAAAGAUGAUUCCAUGUCAAGUGACCCUUUCAAUUUUAGCAAAACAAGCUCAAAAGUAAUUUGUUCUGUAAUGUUUGUUGUAUUUUCUGGUUUAAUGUACCAUUAUGAUUUUUUGGUUUGUUUUGCCCUCUACCUUUUUUCCUUAUACUGGUUAUAUUGGGAAGGUGAUGGAAAUAAAAAGGCCGUUAGGAAAGACUAAACUACUUCUAUGGUAGAUAUGUAUUGGCUUGAAAAAUACGAUGUAUGUUGUUACAACAAAAUUGCUGGACCUUCUUUACAACUAUUAUUCACGGAAUGAAAAAAAUAGUUUGCUUCUUUAUGUAAUUUUUUGAAAAGGACCAUACAGAGACAGUUAUAACUAGUUACAGAUUUAUGUCCUGCAGCAAAUCAAGGAAAAUAGGGGACAGAUGUUUUUGUUGAAUAAUAUUUUUUUGUUUUUGAACAAAAAGCUAAAUAUUGCACCUAUAUGUUUAGUUAUGAGCAUUCUGUAAGAAAAUAUUGGCAUUAUUUGUAUUUAACUGUUUUGAUUUAGGAGAGUGUGUUUUACAAGUUUCAGUUACUGUACUUAGGCCUUUAAUUUUCUGUUAUAAAGCUACUAUAAAAAGAUAAUGUAUUGUUCUUUGUACAAUUGCUGUCGAAAUAGCACUGCAUUUCCACUGACAAACUGACAGUGAUGGAAGCUUAAAAAUAUUGUUUAAAGGAUUAAAAUCAUGUAUUAUGGGUAGUGCAAUAAAAAGGCAGUGUUAUAUUCCACUGUAUAUAUUUGUAUGAUGGCAAGCAAGAAAGGUAAUAUUGCUCGCUUAUUAGGUGACCCAUAUAAUGUUCAAAGUAGUUGGCUAAUAGUUCAAGUUUUUGCAUUUUAUCAGUCAGUUUCUGCCAUAUAAUCUUUCAAUAAAAGAUACAAAUAUACAUAGCUUAUUGAAUAUUGAAUUGCAUAUUUGAAGCAUUUUUGCCAUUUCAAAUAAUCUGAUAAUAUCAAACUCAGAUGGAGCACCAAGCUCAUCAACUACAGAGUUGCUGAAAAAUAGCAAAAAAGAAAAAAAAACAUUUUUCCUUAUUAAUAAAAUGUGGCUGAUUUA